GACGGCCGAAAUCACCGGGACCAGCUAGCUACUGUCGAGGUGCCGUAAGCUAAGUAGCUUAGGCUUAUUAGCUGAAAACAUUAAAAAAAAGCUGCCGAUGUCUGUCACAUGUUACCGUUGAGGCAUUGUCCAUUAUCCGAUAUUAAUGUGGUAGUCAUUCAAAUGGCUGAACUAAGAACGUCUGUGGAAGACACAGGUUCAGAUGUCCAUUUGAUCAAUCUAGAGGAGGACUUCAAGGGAUUUCAGCCUUUCCUUGAAGAAAGAGGAUUUCACCUUGUUGAGGAUGGUACAUCUGAGGUGUCAGAUGAUCUCCUAAUGUCGGCUGGUGACCCACGCAGCAGAAAAAAGAAGAUCGAGCUUGGACCGACAAAUAUCAAACAUUACCAGGCAUGGGAGAAAGAUGUCAUAAGCCAGAAUUAUGAUGUCAUGAAAACAAGCUUGCAGGAGGAAUCGCAUCAUGUAUUUGACCUUGAGAGGCGCAACUGUCGGGAAGAAGAAAGUCUUGAAACUGCUGCUGUCUUGCCUACAAGAAAAUGGUCCAAUACCACCAAAGAGAAGGAAAAGCAGUUUGUGCGUUACGUUGUCUCUUUGAAUGAGUUGUUGCUAUCAGAUGGAAGCAAGUGGAGAUUCGUAUUAGUUGAUGUCCUCCAGAUUGUCCAAGAUGUAGCAAGGAGUCUUGCGGAGGAAUACCAUUACAAGUCCAUUGUUUAUGGGGAUAUGCAAGCUGGAAAUAUCCAUAUAAAUGACUUCCUUAGAGCCUUCCUGAUUGCUACUGAGAAGUCUAAGACGCAGACUAAUAGAGCUGAGCUGAUUCGAGAAUGUUUUCUUGAUAUGAGGGGAUUGUGCAAGGUGAUGGGAGGUCUGUAUAAUUUCUACAAGAGGAACAAACCUCAGGAUGCUCAGAAUAGCAACCAGAAAGAAGAGACAGCGCUGUUUGCUUUGCUUCGUAAAGGAUGCAACACCGUUGAUAGUCUAACUGCAAAGCAAUUUCUUGAUGAGCUAGGGCACAUCAUUUUGAAUGUGAAUACAGUGGAAGUUCAGGACCAGGAAUUGCAGAAGAAAGAAGUAAUGGUGAUAAGAGAGAAGAAGGCCCCAAGACUAGUGCCAAGAUUGGCAUGUAGUUUCUCCAUUCCACUGACACUGCCUAGUCUCCUGCCAGGCCCCGGAGCUGUUCGCAAGAAGUAUCCAGUGCAGAAAUCUGAUUCCCGAAACAGAGAUGAUCCAGUUAUGGCUCACACAGGUCCAGCGCCAGAUUUCGUAGCUGCCAGCAAGGUUCCGAAACCUCCGGAUCUGGAAUCUUUACCAAUCAGCCAGAGCCCUUCGAUGACCAGAGGUCCUGGUGCAAUUCGCAAGAAGUAUCCAGAGCCAAAAUCUAAGCCCCCAGACAGAGAUGACCCAGUUCCUAAGGAAGGAACUCUGGCUCUCACUGGUCCAGCGCUAGGAUCCGAUUUCAUCAUGAAAGUUCCAAAGCAAGGAUCUGAUGCGGUCCGGAAUGUACUAGAGCCAGAAUCUAGUGCUCUCGUCACCUUUCCAGACCUGGAAUCAUUAGCAAUCAGCCAGGGCCAUCCGAUGGCUGGUCCUGGUCCAGGGCAGGGAGCUGGUCUCACCAGCAAUGAAGUUCCAGGAGUAGGAUCAGUAGCAUAUACUACUGAAAGUUCAGUGGGCAGUUCAAGGGAUGGGACAGCAACUCGUGAGAAACUCAUGUCAGAUUUUGAGUUGGAGAUGUUCAAGUGCUAUAGUAGCGAAGCCAGUCUUCUAGGAACAGAUACAGAACAGACAUGAGUGCAAUUCAUCAUCUCAAGACAAAGAAGACUUUAUGCACAUUUAUAGUUAAUCUUUUUUAAGGAAUUUUAUUUCAUUUUCAUUUCAUCAAUUUCACACUCAUGUGUAAAAACAAUAGAAACAUAUAUUUACAAUGUGUACAAUUAUAUAAGGCAUUGAUACAUAAGGUGUGACAGCAUCUCUUAUAAAUGACGCAAGUUGUUCUGCAGCAGUUUUCCCAAAAGCCCAUGCUUCCAUAAGGCUGAGGAUUACAUUUGACUACUUCAAAAUUAUAUUCUGCGUAGCCUAAUCUUAAAACCUUGUUUUUAGUUUUGAAAUAUAACCCAAAGAUGCAGAAUCGAUGUCUACAUGGUUAAAAUGACUGGUGUUUUCUAAAGUGUGUAUUUCAGUUUACCUCAAAGAUGUAGACGUAACAUUUGGCCUCGUGGACCUUCCCCUAUCUGCAGACCAUAUGAUAUUAAUUUUAAACAACUGAAAUUUAUAAUCUUUCCUUGCCAUUUUAGAGGGGGGGUGGUAGUAAUCUAGACCUACAAUCGGUUUUACAUGGAAAUAGGCUACAAUUUCUCAGAAAUAUAUAUGUGCAACGUUGAGCAAUUCACAAUUCAAUAAUUCAUCUUGUUCACUGCAUGACCUUGCGAGAGAUACCAAGUGUAUUGUCCAAACUAGUCUCAUAAUGUCUCUUUAGCGAUAUGAUAGUCAAAUUUCCCUGGAAGUGAUAGAUUGCUCAUUGUUUUUACCAACCAUAUUCUUGUUUUAAUGAAUAUAUCAUGUUAUUUAUAUUAUUUAUUCCAGUAUCCAUUGUAAAUAUGCUUGCCAAAUGUAGGACAUUUUUUAAAAACUUGCAGAAUAUUUUUUGGUACUUAAAAUUUUAAAUCCAUUGCAGUUGAUAAUUGUUUCCAUUUGAAUGAGCAGCUGUUGAAAUUAAAAGCAAAUAAUUUUUUUAGCUAGGGUGAAACUUCUGACAAGUCCCAUAAAUGAGAUAUUGUAAAGGCCAGGGCUUGAUGUACACAAACUUUUUGUGAAGGAUUACAUGUACAAACUGAUAUACAAAAACGUGGUGAGACGUUUUCUGGAGAAGUCAAUCCUUACACGGUGAAAUCUACAUGUUAAGGUCACCCGUAGGAGACAAGAAAAGUGGUCAUUAUCAGCAGGUGGUUUAUUAACAGGUUAUUCCUGUAAUACAUGUUUCUGUGGGAAAUAAUAUUUAUGGUAAAUCAAAAUUUGUGGUCUUUAUGACAUGGGGUCCUUCUAUAUAUAUAUUCUGAAGAGAGUUGGUGCGUCGUGGUCUAGUGGUUCUGACUCUCGCCUUUCAAAUAGAGGGUCGUGGGUUCGAAUCCUAGCCAUGGCGUGUUUUCCUUCAGCAAGAAAUUGAUCCACACUGCUGCACUCGACACAGGUGAGGUAAAUGGGCACCGGCAGGAAGUAAUUCCUCAAGAAGUUGUGCGCACCAGACUUGGUAGACUAGCUUAGCCAGGGUAAUAUAGGAGCGCCUUGAGCACCUAGCAAGGUGGAUACGUGCGCUAUACAAAUCCUAUAUUAUUUUUUAUAUAUAUAUAUACACAGGUGCACACUAAAUCAGGUUAGACUCCUAUUUAGUUUUACAGUACUCUGUAGGUAAGGUCCCAAACAAAAUGCGUACAUGUGCUUAUGACAAUUGAAUGCAAAAGAAUAGCAUUAGCAAUAUGUUUUAGUUAAAUUUGGGAAUUUAGGAAGAAGUUGAAUAUAUCUUACAGUUGAAAAUAUUUUAUUCUUUUUAUGCAUAAUUUUGAAGAAAAAAAUGGGGUUUCAAUGACAGGAAGGAUGCGCUCAGUUUCUGUUAGUGUUAUUUCAUUUGUAAUACUGGUAUGCAAUUUAUUUGUGCUAUAUUUUUAUUACUUCUUUUACAUACUUUACAUUUACAUAAACUGAAAAUUACAGAAAAUAUUUUUUUUUAAAAGAAAGAUUUUUUUUCUUCUAAUUAUUGUUAAAAUAAAAAUCAUGAUGAGCAUGUAUCCUAAGGGACCUAUCACGGCAUUCAAGCAGAAUUUUGUACAUGUGGGGGUAUUAUAAUUAUAUCAAAACAAUUUUUUUUAAAUUAUUAUUUAAAAGAUAUUAAUAUUUUUAUAGUGUCUCAGCAAAAUAUAAUACUCGUUUAAUCAAAGUUUACAGGGCAUUUAUUUUCACAGCAUAUUUUGAGAGGUAUUAUCAGAGUUUAAGAAAAUUUAAAUUUUAUGCUCACCAAAGAACUUUAAAGAGCUACUAUCAAUAUAUAUUUUAUUGGAAAGUGUUUCUAUAACUAUAAAAAAAAACUAUAUUUGGAGAUCCUUUAUUUUUGGAGAGUAUAUCAUAUUUAAUAAAUACAAUUUUUUAAAAUGGGUAUUAAAUUUCUUGCCAACAUACUCAUUGUAGAUUAUAUAUUUAAAUAAUAAGAUAAAACAUUUUUUCUUCACAAGAAAAGCAGUUUAAAACAGUGGCAGGUAUAAUGCUAAGAUGCUUCAAUUGUUUUCAACAGAUUGAGUCAUGUGAUAGAAAUGGGCUGGAUAUUUAAUAAAAAUCAUGUGAAAAUUAUGAUAUUGAAAUGUAAUACAAUCAAAUCAAAAUAAUACAAUGUGUAUAAUUUGUGUAGAAUUUGAGGGGUUCUUGAGCACAGGACCCCUGCCCAUUUCACAUUAUUGCAGUUGUAAUGAAUGGAACUUGCAUGUAUAUAGGGUGUAUCAGUGGUGGAUCCAGGUUGGGGCACAUCUAGGCCAUCCCCCCCUGUGAGAACCAUAACAAAUAUAUUUUAGGGGAAUACAUGUAUGUCGUGCAUUUUUCCUGACACAAGUCACCAAUAAUUGGGAGUGAAGACCUUUUUUUUUUUGGGGGGGGGGGGGGACUUUUUCAUUUUUUUCUGUAAAAAAAUGCCCUCCCCCCCCCCCCCCCCUUGGAAAAUCCUGGAUCCGCCCCUCGGGUGCAUAAAUGUUACAGUUGAUGCGAUGCUGGUUCCUUGAUAUUUGCUCCAGUGAGAAUGGCUCCUCUUGAAAACCUUUUCUUAAUCAUAAUCGAUAUAUUCCGAACCAAAAACCCUAUCUUAAAAUCUGAGGCAAAUUUAAGGAAAGAGCAUUUGCCACGGGAACAAAUGUUUGGUUAUUGGUGUAAAGUAGCCAGAACUGUAUUGUGAGUUUGUUUCCAUUUUGUGAAAUAUUUUGUGUUCUAGGUGUUUGCCAUGCAAAAAAAAUGUCUGCAGGUCCAUUGCCAAUCCUACCACUUUCCUGCUGUAAUAUUGGUAAUGAUUUUUAUGUUGUCCUUUGAAUGUACUAUUUUUUUUUAUCAGGUUGUUUUGUACUUUUUUUAUCAGAUUAUAGAAGUAAUCUUGAAUUUGAAUUAUUUGAAAUGGGAUUUUGAUUUGAGUACUGAAUUUAGAUUUUUUUGGCAUGUAAACCAUUGUCUGCAGAGUAAUGUACUCCAGAUGAUAAAAAAUAAUGAUUUAAUUCAAAAUCUUUGGAUUUGGGGACAUACUGUAUGUUGAUGGGUGCAUACAGGUUUAGUAGUUGCAUUUUGGUUUACUCAGGUAGAGAAAAGAAAUUACCCACCACAAGCCUCAAGAUAAAUGUGUCAUCCACUCCC